GAGUGUUUUGGCGUCGAAUAAACAUGGCGGAGCUGAAGGACUGUGCAGAACUGAAGAGAUCCUGAAGAUUGCUGGCUCUUCCAGAUCAGAGGGAGUGUGUGUGUCUGUCAGAGUUGAUGAUUCAGCAGGAGAAGCCGCUGGCGGGCAGCAUGCCGGUGGUUUGGCCCACGCUGCUCGACCUCAGCAGAGAUGAAUGCAAACGGAUCCUCCGUAAACUGGAGCUGGAGGCGUACGCCGGGGUGAUCAGCGCUCUGAGAGCUCAAGGAGAUCUCACUAAAGACAAGAAGGAGCUGCUGGGAGAACUGACACGAGUGCUCAGCAUAUCCACAGAGCGCCAUCGGGCAGAGGUGCGCAGAGCCGUCAAUGAUGAGCGCCUGACCACCAUCGCACACCACAUGUCAGGGCCGAACAGCUCGUCUGAGUGGUCUAUUGAGGGCCGUCGGCUGGUUCCUCUGAUGCCCCGGCUGGUUCCUCAAACAGCCUUCACAGUGAUGGCUAAUGCAGUGGCUAACGCUACAGCGCACCAGAACGCCUCGCUGCCGCUGCCCGCAGAGACCGCCAACAAAGAAGUGGUGGUCUGUUACUCCUACACCAGCACCACCUCCACUCCUCCCAGUGCUUCAGCUCCCAGCAGCAGCAGCGCAGCCGUCAAAUCACCGAGACCCGCCAGCCCUGCGUCUAAUGUGGUUGUGCUGCCCAGUGGGAGUACAGUCUACGUCAAGAGUGUGAGCUGCUCAGAUGAGGAUGAGAAGCCCCGUAAGAGGCGCAGGACCAGCUCCUCCAGCUCGUCUCCUGUGCUGCUGAAGGAGGUCCCCAAAGUGGCGGCGACAGCCCCGGGCCCCAAGACCAUCACGGUGCCCGUCAGCGGCGGACCCAAGAUCAGCAACCUCAUGCAGAGCAUUGCCAACUCCCUGCCGCCGCACAUGUCCCCGGUCAAGAUCACCUUUACCAAACCCUCCACACAGACCACCAACACCACCACACAGAAGGUGAUAAUCGUGACAACGUCUCCCAGCUCUAACUUUGUGCCAAACAUCUUGUCGAAGUCUCAUAAUUACGCGGCAGUGUCGAAGCUGGUGUCGAGCGCAGCGCUGACGGCCUCCAACCAGAAGCAGACCAUGGUGAUCUCCGCCGGCGGUUCCAGUGUGGCUCCGGGGCCCGGACCUGUGGCUGUCACCACUGUAGUGUCCUCCACACCCUCUGUGGUCAUGUCCACCGUCGCACAGGCCGGCUCCACUGCAGUGAAAGUGGCCUCCACGCGUCUGCCGUCCCCGAAGGCUCUGAUUGGCUCCCCGUCUCAGAUCCUGCAGAUCCCCAAGGCGCAACAGCAGCAGGCGUUGCUUCAGUCUGCGGCUCCUAAAGCUCUGCAGGGCCCCAUCAGCACUGCUCAGAGCACAGUGGCGGCAGCAGUGGGCCCCGGGGCCAAACCCACCAUACAGAUCAAGCAGGAGUCCGGAGUGAAGAUCAUCACGCAGCAGAUGCAGCCCAGUAAGAUUCUGCCCAAACCUUCCAGUGCGGCGCUGCCCAGCAGUAGCUCCGCCCCCAUCAUGGUGGUCAGCAGCAAUGGAGCCAUCAUGACCACUAAACUUGUGUCCACUCCAACAGGUAGUGCCUCCACAUACACUCGUCCCUCCGUGAGCCCCAUGGGUACUCGUGUGGCCACUUCUCCUGCUGGAGCCACGUAUGUAAAGACCACCAGCGGCAGCAUCAUCACCGUCGUGCCCAAAGCUCUGGCUACUCUCGGGGGAAAGAUCAUCACCACCAGCAUGGUGUCCGGAACCACUACUAAGAUCACCACCAUCCCCAUGACGUCCAAACCCAAUGUGAUCGUGGUGCAGAAGACCACUGGGAAAGGAACCACCAUACAGGGUCUGCCGGGGAAAAAUGUGGUGACGACACUGCUGAACGCCGGGGGGGAGAAGACCCUGCAGGCGAUCCCCGGAGCGAAGCCUGCCAUCAUCACAGCUUCUCGACCCAUCACUAAAAUGAUUGUGACGCAGCCCAAGAGCCUCGGCGCUGGAGUGCAGCCCUCCACCACCACCAAGAUCAUCCCCACAAAGAUUGUCUACGGCCAGCAGGGGAAAACACAGGUGCUGAUCAAGCCCAAGCCUAUGGCGUUCCAGACGGCGGUGGUGAGUGAACAGACCCGUCAGCUGGUCAGCGAGACGCUCCAGCAGGUCAACCGCAGCGCAGAGAACAACACCACACACACCACAACUGCUGCCGCUGCUGCGGGACUGGAGAACAGAGACGACACACACACUUACACUGAGGGAAGCCCAGUGCCCAGCGACAGCACUCACGAUGCUCCUCCAGUGGUGCACCUGAUCAGCAGCAGGGGGCACGAGUGGGCGGAGCAAGAAGUGUCUGUAGAGUCAAGCCCCGCCCUUAUUUACCAAGAGCUGACAGCGGAGUCUCAGUCGGCCACAUCCACCAUCAAAGCCCUGCUGGAGCUGCAGCAGACCAGCGUGAAGGAGAAGAGCGAGGCUAAGCCGCGGCAGCACACUAUAGACCUGAGUCAGAUGGCGGUGCCAAUCCCAGUGUCAGCGGAGCGGCGGGAGUCUCCGGAGCCGUCGGGUCAGAGCGCAGCGGAGAGCGACACACACACAGAGUUCAUCCCCAUCGGUAAAGUGUGUAAGGCAGCAGACGUCCCAGUCUCCAGCUCUCCGGGUCAGUCAGCACCUGCAGUGUCAACGGUGCCUCAUGUGGUCAAGAUCAACACUGCAGCCGUCACCACACAACAGGUGGAGGCACAGGUGAAGCCGCAUCAGGAGCAGGUGUUGGUGGAGGAGUGUGAGGUGGAGGGAGACACUCUGGACCCUCAGACGGGCCUGUUCUACCGCUCGUCCCCGCAGCAGCAGUUCAGCAGAGUGUGUGAAGCAGCAUCAUCUUCAUCCUCUUCCUCAUCUAGGAGAGCAGAGCCGCCGCUGACAGUCAAAAUCCUCACACACAGAUCAUCCUCCAGCGCUCCUGCAGCCGCAGCCUCCGCAAACACUCCACACACACCGCAGCUGCCCCGGCUGCAGCAGGCGCCCACCACACACAACAGACCCAACACACACACACAGCUGUCGCAGCCGCCGCCGCUGCAGGCGCAUCACCCUGUGGGCUCCAGCAAGACAAGCAGCGGUGCUCAGGUGCAACAGCCGAUAAUCACGCAGGGCGCCACGGUCACCAAGAUCACGUUUGGCGCUCCGCAUGUCCCGCGGGCUCCAGUGUCCAGCAGCAGCAGCAGCAGUGAGGCGGCCCUGAAGCUUCAAGCCGAGUCCAGCUCCGAGAAGCCCUCGGUCUCAGACAUCCUGAAGAUCUCCAUGAUGGAGGCGGAGAUCGACCCCGCGGCCGAGCCCAUGCUGGUGGACUCCUCCAGCGACUGCGGACCCCUCACCAAGGCCCCCGCCGGCCCCUCGCUCAUCAGCAGCUCCAAGCAGACGCUGACACACGGGCCCUUCAGCCGCAAGAGCAAAGAGCUGGACAUCAUACAGGUGAUCCCACAGUACUCCAUCAUGCCGGACUCCAGUCAGUCUAAUGUAGUGGUGGAGCCCAGCGGUUUCCUGGAGAUCAGUGACUACACCAGCCAGCGUCUGGACGAGGAGCAGGCCAUGGAGCAGGAGGUGGACAGCAGCAAUGACGAGGGGGCGGCGGCCAGCCCCAGCGCCGACCAAUCACAGUGAAGCACCUGGCCGCAUCAUCCCUGCUCCAUCAUCAUCACUGUAUAAUAAAAAUAGAGACACAUCGAGUAAGUUUGUGCUUUAGAGAGAAACGUUACUUCAAUCCCACCGGGAACCCACGCGGUCUUUGUGUUCAUUUCUACUUAAAGGGUCAGGUCACACAAAACAUGAACAUUCUGUCAUCGUUUACCCUCCCUUUAAGAGUUUCAAACCUCUGAGUGUCUUUCUUCUGUUCAACACUAAAGAAGAUAUUUUAGAAGAAUGUUAGAAACCGGUAACCAUUGACUUCCAUUUGUUUUUCUUACUGUGGAAGUCAAUGGUUUCCAUUGCCAUCCAUUUGUUUUUCCUUUUAUGGAAUGUAACCAUUGACUUCCAUUUGGUUUUUCCUACUAUGGAAGUCAAUAGUUACCGGUUACCAUUGACAUCCAUUUGUUUUUCCUAUUAGGGAAGUCAAUGAUUACCGGUUUCUGUUGACAUCCAUUUUUCACUAUGGAAGGUAACCAUUGACAUAAAAAUUUUUUUUUCCUGCUAUGGAAGUCAUUGGUUACCGGUUACCAUUGACAUCCAUUUGUUUUUCCUACUAUGGAAGGUAACCAUUGACUUCCAUUUGUUUUUCUUACUAUGGAAGUCAAUGGUUACCGGAUACCGUUGACAUCGAUUUGUUUUUUUCUAUUAUGGAAGGUAACCAUUGACUUCCAUUUGUUUUUCCUAAAAUGGAAGUCAAUCGUUACCUGUUUCCAACAUUUUUCAAAAUAUCUCCUUUAGACUUCAACAGAUGAAAGGAUCUCGUAAACGUUUGAACCCUCAUGUGGGCGAGUAAACAUUAAGUUAAUAUUCAUUUUUGGUGAACCGUCCCUUUAAUUUAUAGUUAUAAGCAGAGCAGAUGAUGACUGAUGAAGAUUGCUGGCUCAGCAUCUGGACUCUCAGAGGAGCUGUAAAUAACGCUGCUGUCGGUGUGUCGUGCGCUCACUCAUGUCUCCAUCUUGUCUCAUUGUGCUCUCGAUGUAACGCUCAGAAUUUUAACUGUAUAAACUUUACUACAAA